CACGGAAUUUUUGUCCAUUUCCGGUUAUGGAAUUAAAUUGUCAGCAAUCCCAGUUUCUGCAGCACCUGCAAGAUCUACAUUUUAGUUCUGAUGCUGAGAUGAUCAGUGUAUCUCAGAAAGCUGAUGGUGUUCGAAGCAUGAUGGUUCAUUUAUCAUCAGCUCAUUCCUACAACAUAGUGCCUUGUGAUUGUGAUGUCUCAAAAAGUUGUCGAGAUUUUUAUGAAACUUUGGCAGAUUCACUUGAUUCUGAAAAAGGUUUCAACAACUAUGCUGAAGGUGCUCUAGCAAUAUGUAGGCGACACAGGAAUGAUAGUCAAAAAUGGCAACCAUCCCUAACCCUGGAAAGUAUCCUGAAUAUGGCAUGUGUGACGGAAAUGAUAACUAAUCAAGAGAAAGAUUCAAGACAGUCCUUGCCUCCUGAAAAUGAAGAUGAUUCUGUGUUCAAAAAUGAAAACGCUAAACAUGUUAAAACACUUGACGGGACUGAUAUAAAAAAAAAUUCUUCAAAUCAUAAUUUGAACAAAGUAAGUGGAGAUAAUUCUAGCAACAUGUUUUUACCACAGCGGAUCCAAGGGGGAGAUAUCUCCGGAAACGUCUUUUCUCAUGAAGAUGCCAAGAGAAGAUCUUUAUUCUCAAAUACAGGUUCCAGCAGUGGACAGGGACAUGGGAACUUUGGAAGUUGUUCUGCAGAACAAAGAGUCUUUAACAGACCAGUUGAAGCACAGAUUUCAAAGCGUCACUGUGACACUGAUGACCCCAGCAACAUUGCUAGUGCCUUUAAGACUGCCAAGGAGCAACUGGUUUUAGAACAAAACAAAAAAUAUGGUAAUGCGCGGGGUCAAGUGAGCAAUUCUUUACAUGGAAGUUUGAAGAAAUCUCUUGGUACAAGGCGGGGACCUGUUGGCAAAUUUGUGCCUCCUAGCUCUUCUAGGGAAGAUGAAGAUGAUGUGUCGAGAUCUGGUAGUUAUGGUGCUGGUGGGAGUAAGACUGGCAAAGAAGAGGAACCCGUAGAUGAGAGGUUAAAGGGAAUUGAUCCUAAGAUGGUAGACCUCAUCAAUAACGAGAUAAUGGAUCAUGGACCUCAGGUAUCCUGGAAUGACAUUGCUGGACUAGAAUUUGCCAAGAAGACCAUUAAGGAAAUAGUUGUAUGGCCCAUGCUGCGACCAGAUAUUUUUGUUGGUUUACGUGGUCCUCCCAAGGGUUUACUCCUCUUUGGACCUCCAGGGACUGGCAAAACACUCAUAGGAAAAUGCAUUGCAAGUCAGUCCAAAUCCACUUUCUUUUGCAUCAGCGCUUCAACUCUGACAUCAAAGUGGGUUGGAGAAGGCGAGAAGAUGGUGCGUGCACUGUUUGCCGUGGCCCGGUGUAACCAGCCAGCAGUGUUGUUUAUUGAUGAGAUUGACUCACUUCUGUCUCAGCGAUCUGACGGGGAACAUGAAGCUUCACGUAGAAUUAAGACUGAAUUUCUUGUACAGUUGGAUGGAGCCAGCACAGAUUCGGAAGAAAACAUUUUAGUAAUUGGGGCAACAAACAGACCACAGGAAAUUGAUGAAGCUGCUCGUCGUCGUUUCAUCAAACGGCUGUAUAUCCCACUUCCAGAGUGUGCUGCAAGACGGCACAUUAUUAAAAACUUGAUGACAACUCAGAAAAACAACCUGAGUGAUUCACAACUGGAUGAAAUCGCCAAAAAAACUGAAGGAUAUUCAGGGUCAGACAUGGCCAAUUUAUGUAAGGAAGCAGCUCUUGGACCAAUUCGAAGUAUUCCAUUUGAUGAGAUUGAGACCAUCAGUGCAGAACAGGUGCGGUGCAUAAUGUUUGCCGACUUCGAGGAAGCAUUCCUGCAGGUCCGUGCCAGUGUGUCACCAAACGAUCUUUGUCGUUACAUAGAAUGGAAUAACCUGUAUGGUAGUUUUGGAAAAUAAAAACUGAACUGUA